UGGAACUGGCCUGAACCUUGGACCUUGUCUUCCGAUAGAAUUGGUGUCUCAGCCCCAGCAGGAACUGCUGAUCAUGGCCUCCAAGCCUGAGAAGAGGGUGGCCUCUUCUGUGUUUAUCACCCUGGCACCCCCACGACGUGAUGUAGCUGUGACUGAAGAAGUGGGUCAGGCAGCUUGUGAAGCCAGACGUGCCCGGCCCUGGGAGACCCCUGCUCCCACGAAGACCCCUGGGGCUGGCUUGAGCAGGAAACCUAACACCUGGACACCCUCUGGCAGAAUUUCUGCCUCGAUCCCUGCAGCCCCACCCCAGCUGGCCAAUGGAG